AAAAUGGAGGGUAUCGGCGCUCAGAGGGAACCCAGCUCCCCAGCGACCAACAAGCAGGACGGCCAGAGCUUCUCGGGGUCCCUGAAACCCAACCAGGUGGGGGAGACGUGCCUGUACGGGGUGCCCAUCGUGUCCCUGGUCAUAGACGGGCAGGAGCGGCUGUGCCUGGCUCAGAUCUCCAACACGCUGCUGAAGAGCUACAGUUACAACGAGAUCCACAACCGGCGGGUGGCCCUGGGCAUCACAUGCGUGCAAUGCACCCCAGUGCAGCUGGAGAUCCUGAGGCGUGCCGGGGCCAUGCCCAUCUCGUCCCGCCGCUGCGGUAUGAUCACCAAGCGGGAGGCCGAACGCCUGUGUAAGUCUUUCCUAGGGGAGCACCGGCCGCCCAAGCUGCCCGAGAACUUCUCCUUUAAUGUGAUCCAUGAGUGCGCCUGGGGGUGCCGGGGGAGCUUCAUCCCCGCCCGCUACAACAGCUCCCGGGCCAAGUGCAUCAAGUGCGGCUACUGUGGCCUGUACUUCUCCCCCAACAAGUUCAUCUUCCACUCCCACCGCACCUCCGACUCCAAGUACACUCAGCCCGACGCCGCCAACUUCAACAGCUGGAGGCGCCACCUGCGGCUCAGCGACUCCACGUCCGACGACCUGGCCCAUUCCUGGGAGGACGUCAAGGCCAUGUUCAACGGGGGGACCCGCAAGAGAGCCUUCUCGUCCCCGGCCAGCGGAGGAUCGGCUCGGCAACACCUGGAGCUCGCCCCGCCGCCGCCUCCUCCCCCCGCUAAGUCCCUGCGAGUGUCCGCGGGGGAGGAGGAUCAGGCGGCCCGCAGCUUCCCGCUCAUCCCCGUCCCCAGCAAGAGCUUCUCCGGGGUGCUGCACAAAAUGAGUCCGCCGCUCUUCCCUCCUCCUCCCUACGGCUUCCCGGCCUUCAGCCUGUGCGCCAAGAAGGACGACGGGCUGCCCGACAAGGCUCUGCCCGGGCUCUUCUGGCCGGCCGCCCCCACCUCCAAGGACACGGUCUACCCGCCCUUCCCUGUAUUCUGGCCGGCGGCUGGAGCUCUGCCUGUACCGCCCUACCCGGGGCUCGGACAACAGCAGCAACAGCCGGCGGGCGCCAAGUGCUCCGCUGAGGCGGAUGAGUCGGAGGGAGGCGGGGAAGCGGAGGAACCGGCCCGUGAGGAAGAUAGAUCCGGAGACGAGGCCCGGCAAGGGGAGCCGCUCACCGCCGGGAAGCUCCGCUACAUCUCAGCGUUCAGGCCGGUGGUGAAGGCGGCCGAGAGCCUGGCCAAACUGUACGGAGCGGCCCGACCUGCCGGAUAUUCGUCCCCCGACCUGCUGAGCGAUGCUUCCAGCUACCGCUCCGCUUCCCCUGGACCGGACACCGCGGAGGAGGUAGAUGUGGAGUCCGAGAGAGCCAGCAACCCCGCACCCCCAUCUACUGCUUCAUCCCCGGCCAGAGAGAGCGAGGACAGGAGGGAGCACAGCCCCGGGAGGAGCCCGGACAGCGCUAAGGUAUAUGAGGUUUAUGCAAAGCAGAUGGCAGAGAUGCCUCCGACCAUGAAGGGCAGUACGCCACAUCAAAGCCUUGCCACGUCUUAUCUGUGCAGCCUGGACCCUAAUGAGCAAGAUUCAGAGGACAGUCAUUCAACUGCUGAAGAUAUGGAGAGCAGGAAGUCAUUCCAAGACCAAAGGAGCAAUUUAUCUCACGCGAGUCCCUUACACAUUGACAGAGGCGAAGAAGACAGCCCAAUCGAUGUCACUGGCACACAGUUUGUAGAAAAAGAUAUUGAGAACAUGGCAAAAGAUGAGCUGCAGAAGCUUUUAAUGGAGCAGAUGGAUUUAAGGAAAAAACUAGAACGGGAAUUUCAAAGUCUAAAAGACAAUUUCCAAGACCAGAUGAAGAGGGAGUUGGCAUACAGAGAGGAGAUGGUCCAGCAGCUGCAGAUUGUGAGAGACACCUUGUGUAAUGAACUGGAUCAGGAGAGGAAAGCACGCUAUGCCAUCCAGCAGAAAUUAAAAGAUGCUGACACCAAGAGCCUGCACAGAGAACUGUUCCUUCAAACCUCCAAUCCUGCUCCACUGAGCUACAUCUGGGCGCCACGAAAACUGAUGUACCCUCCAGCCCCCUGAGAGAGACAGGGAAUCAUCUCAGCACAAACCAAGCCAUUCCCUGCCUCUGGGUGAACGCAACAUGUGUGAGACCUGUGACCGGCCGGGGGAAACCUCCCCUAUGAGACAAUGGGCGAACUUGUAAAUACUGUACAGUAAACAGCAGGAUGUCUGUGCACUGAGGAAUCUGAGCCAGGAAUGAUCCCCAGAUCAACCAUGUAUUAUAAGGCUUUGUGUAUAAAUAACACAUAUAUAU